AUGCUUUAUCAUUUAUAUAGUCCUUCAUGCAAAAGUCUCUCUCCCCAUAAUUUUAUACUCUGUCCUUCUGCAUCUCUCCCCCCUCUGUCCUUCUGCAUCUUUCUCCCCCCUGGCCAGUCUGUCCUUCUGCAUCUCUCUCCCCCCUCUCUGUCCUUCUGCAUCUCUCUCCCCCUCUGUCCUUCUGCAUCUCUCUCCCCCUCUGUCCUUCUGCAUCUCUCCCCCUCUCUCCUUCUGCAUCUCUCUCCCCCCUCUCUCUCCCCUCUCUCCCCCCCCCUUCUCUCCUCCCUCUGCAUCUCCCCCCUCCCCCCUCUCUUUCCUUCUGCCUCUCCCCCCUCUCCCUCUCUUUUCCUGCAUCUCUCUCCCCCCCUCCCCUCCCUUCUGCAUCUCCCCCUCUCCCUCUCUCUCUCCUUCUGCCCUCUCUCCCCCUCUCCCUCCUCUUUCCUUCUGCCUCUCUCCCCCCCCUCUUUCCUUCUCCUUCCUCUCUCUCUCCCCUCUUUCCUUCUCCUCUCCCCCCUCUUUCCUUCUGCAUCUGUCUCCCCUCUCCUUCUCUCUCUCUCCCCUCUCCUCCCCUGCAUCUCCCCUCUCCCCUCUCUCUUUCCUUCUCCUCUCCCCCACUCCCCUCUCUUUCAUCUGCAUCUGUCUCCCCCCCCUCUUUCAUCCCCCCUCUCCCCUCUCUUUCCUUCUGCCUCUCUCCCCACUCUCCCUCUCUUUCCUUCUGCCUCUCUCUCUCCCCCCUUUCCUUCUGCCUCUCUCUCUCCCCCCUCUUUCCUUCUUCUGCAUCUGUCUCCCCCUCUGUCCUUCUGCAUCUCUCCCCCCCCCUUCUGUCCUUCUGCAUCUCCCCCUCUUUCCUUCUGCCUCUCUCCCCACUCUCCCUCUCUGUCCUUCUGCAUCUCUCUCCCCCCUCUGUCCUUCUGCAUCUCUCUCCCCUCUCUUUCCUUCUGCCUCUCUCCCCACUCUCCAAAGUGUGUGUAUAAGUUUUACUUGCUACUAUUUUUUUUUUUUUUAAUUUAUUCAUUUUUACUCCCUUUCCCUUAUCUGAAAACUUUCUUGUCCAUUAAUUCAUAA